CGCGCGGACCGAAGAGGAGGCCUCGAAAGAUCGGCUGGAAUUCUCGUGAAAGCCGCCUCUUCCUUUCUCGUGUGUUGUUCAAACGCGUGCGUUCUUUCUCUGAUCGUCGAACCGUGGAAUCGCGAGUGAUCCGUAAAACAACGGAACCGCGUCGAGCAAACGUUCCGUUGUCCGUUGUCGUUUUUCGAUCGCCAAUUACGUCGUGGGUGGACAUCACUGCGGAGAACUCUUCGAACGCGAUAGUUUUCAGCUAAGAAAGUAUAGGGUAAAUCUAGUCGAAGGUGAAACGUUUCGGAGUAUCGUCAGCGGAGAACAGGUUGGCCGAAACGGUGACGAUAAACUUUCGGAUUUUAUGUGAACGAAGGAACGACGAAGGAAUUCCUAUCUGCCCCGUACUCGAGAACUCGAGACGGCCGAGAAGCGGGUUCGUGGAAGCGAUGCCAAGCCGACGCAGAGUGCGCCGUCAACGUAUUCGACAGUGAUAACGCGUGCGCGCGUGCACCUCUUAUCAAACCCGUAAACUCGAUCUCGCGUGCCACCUCGAUCAGUUGAUCUCACGGACGCGCCCGUUCCCACACGUCGUGCUCUCUUUUCUCGCCUCUGACUUUCCGCGUGUUCACCUUUCCGAUACGAUCUCGACCAAAGUUCGUCAAACGCUAUCAGUAAGUUUCGCUGAUUUCCCAAACAGUCGUGACCACGUGGACGCAGAGCAUUUCCACGAGGAACGUCGUUUACGUGAAAGUGCAAUACCAGUCGAUGGAACGGAUGAUAUGAAUGUUUCGAGUGCGGCGACGAAAAGUUCGGAGACACAUUUAACCAGUUUUGAAAGUGAACGUUCGUUUCCUUGAAACUCGUCGAAUGCCGCGCCUUGGAUAUUUCAUUGGCCGAAUGAUCGCUUCUAAAUCGACGCAAAGCAGAGCGACGAGAGGAAACAUGCAAGGAAGCCGGUGAACAGACAGCUAUGGCCGCAGCGGAAAUACGUCUCCGAAGUUCUUCCGAUCUUCUCCUUGCUCGUGAUAGUGAAAGAGAGCACGAAGAAGCGGGAAUCAUUGUCGAGAUCACCUUGGCAAGGUCCAUGGGUUCGUAAAGGGCAUGAGAGCUCAUCAUGUUCCAACACCGACACGGGCCACGAACGCUGUCGACCUGCAACCUCUUCGGCGUGACAUUUCUUCUAUUGAUCAUCGCCGGUAGCUACGAUGUGUCAGCGGACCUCAACUCCGAGUUUGUCAAAGGGAAAAUUUGUAUCGGUACCAAUGGCCGCCUGUCCGUUCCGUCCAACAAACAACACCACUACCGAAAUCUUCGAGACCGGUACACCAACUGUACUUAUGUCGACGGUAACCUGGAGAUCACGUGGCUCCAGAACGAAACCUUCGACCUCAGUUUCCUCCAGUACAUACGGGAAGUCACCGGUUACGUGCUCAUCAGCCACGUGGACGUCAGGAAGAUCGUUUUGCCGCGAUUGCAGAUCAUACGCGGUAGAACCCUCUUCAAGCUCAACAUCCACGACGAUGAGUUCGCGUUGUUCGUUACGAUGUGCCAGAUGCAGAACUUGGAGAUGCCGGCCCUCAGAGAUAUCCUCAACGGGAGCGUGGGCAUGUACAACAACUACAACCUGUGCCACAUACGUACGAUCAACUGGGACGAAAUAAUCACCAGUCAGACUGCUACGUACAUUUACGUGUACAAUUUCACGUCGCCGGAACGCGUUUGCCCGCCUUGCGAUAAGAGCUGCGAGCAAGGCUGCUGGGGCGAAGGGCCUGAGAAUUGUCAGAAAUACUCAAAGACGAACUGUUCGCCGCAAUGCUGGCAGGGCAGGUGCUUCGGACCCAAUCCACGGGAGUGUUGCCAUCUUUUUUGCGCCGGUGGCUGUACGGGGCCGAAACAGAGCGACUGUAUCGCGUGUAAAAACUUCUUCGACGACGGUGUGUGUACGCAGGAAUGCCCGCCCAUGCAAAAGUACAAUCCAACGACAUACUCGUGGGAGGCUAAUCCCGACGGAAAGUAUGCGUACGGUGCAACCUGCGUGAGAAGGUGUCCCGAACACCUUUUGAAAGACAACGGCGCUUGCGUAAGGUCCUGUCCCCCGAAGAAGAAAGCUCUAAACGGCGAAUGCGUUCCUUGCGACGGUCCUUGCCCGAAAACUUGCAAAGGUGUUGAGAAAGUGCAUUCCGGCAACAUAGACAGCUUCAAGGACUGCACGAUCAUCGAGGGUUCGAUCACCAUACUUGAUCAAAGUUUUCAAGGCUUCCAACACGUUUAUCCGAACUUCAGUUUCGGUAAACGGUACGAGAAAAUGCAUCCCGACAAACUCGAGGUGUUCAGCACGUUGAAGGAGAUCACUGGAUUCUUGAACAUCCAAGGAGACCAUAAGGACUUCAAGAACUUGUCGUAUUUCCGGAACUUGGAGGUAAUAGGCGGGAGAACGUUGACGGAAUACUUUGCAUCGUUGUACAUCGUGAAGACGUCGUUGGUCUCGUUUGGGCUGAGCUCUCUGAAGAAGAUCUAUUCCGGAUCUAUCGCGAUUUUGGAGAAUAAGAACCUUUGUUACGCUCAGAGCAUCAAUUGGACUAGAAUCAAAAAAUCCUCCGAGCAUGAGAGUCUGUUGUCGAAUAAUCGGAACGAAAGUGAAUGCAUCAAAGAUGGAUUGGUAUGCGACGUGCAGUGUUCCGAGGAGGGUUGUUGGGGUCCCGGUCCAGCUCAAUGUUUAUCCUGCAAGAACUUCAUUCUGGGAAACGAUUGUCUUCAAGAUUGCACGGCCCCAGGAAUCUACCAAGCGGACGAGAAGACGUGCAAGCUGUGCCACGAUGAGUGCGACAGUUCUUGCACCGGACCAAACGCAGAACACUGUACGAAAUGCAAACACGCGCGAGACGGUCCGUUCUGCGUGCCAGAAUGUCCGUCCUCGAAGUAUAACGACAAUGGCCAGUGCAAAGAUUGUCACGAGAACUGCGUGGGUGGCUGCGAGGGACCUGAAAACAACAUUGGCCCUAAUGGAUGCCACAGCUGCGAUAAGGCGAUCAUGAACGGCCAUGUACCUGAAGGAUGUCUGCAGAAAAGGGAACCCUGUCCUGACGGGCAUUACUACGAAUGGGUGAGUCCUCAAGAACAAGGAGCUCUGAAGCCUUUGGCAGGGAAAGCUGUUUGCCGCGAGUGCCACCCGCGUUGCAAGAAAUGCACCGGAUACGGUUUCCACGAGCACGUCUGUCAGGAAUGUACGAAAUAUAAAAAGGGAGAGCAGUGCGAGGACGAGUGUCCUGCGGACCAUUUCGCGGACGCCGAUACUCAACGGUGCAUACCGUGCUUCAGCGAAUGCCGAGGAUGUUUUGGACCCGGUCCAAAUCAGUGUUACAAAUGUCGAAACUACAAGAUCCAUAUUGAUGAAGACAUUGAUGGCAACACGACUACCUUCAAUUGCACGGAAACCUGUCCUCCCGAGUAUCCUCACAAGAUCUUCCCACCGGACAGUGAGCCAUAUUGCUCAUUGGAAACCGUCGGUCUCGGCUUUCAAGUGGAGAACGAACUGCAGCCAGCGAUUUUGGCAGGAGUCGCUGUGUUUGCUCUGGUCUUCCUCGUGGUCGCAGCCAUAAUUAUGUACUUCUGGCGUGUACGGGUGAAAGCGAAGGAAAAUGCAGUGAAAAUGACGAUGACGUUGACCGGUUUGGAUGACAACGAGCCACUUCGUCCGACCGGCGUAAAACCGAAUCUGGCUAAAUUACGUAUCAUUAAGGAGGAAGAGAUGAGGAAAGGUGGAAUUUUGGGUUACGGUGCUUUCGGAAACGUUUAUAAAGGUGUCUGGGUACCGGAAGGGGAGAAUGUGAAGAUACCAGUUGCUAUAAAAGUUCUCCACGACGGUACAGGAGCGAACACUUCAAAGGAAUUCCUGGAUGAGGCGUAUAUUAUGGCCAGCGUGGAGCAUCCUAACUUGCUUCAGCUGUUGGCUGUUUGCAUGACCUCGCAGAUGAUGCUGGUCACUCAGCUGAUGCCUUUGGGUUGUUUGCUCGAUUUCGUGCGUAGGUUCAAAGAUAAGAUAGGUUCGAAGGAGUUACUGAACUGGUGUACACAGAUCGCCAGAGGAAUGGCGUAUUUGGAGGAGAGGAGGCUAGUUCAUCGGGAUCUAGCUGCUCGAAACGUUCUCGUGCAAACGUCUAACUGCGUGAAAAUCACGGACUUCGGUCUGGCCAAACUGUUGGACAUCAACGAGGAACAGUACAAGGCUGCAGGUGGCAAAAUGCCAAUCAAAUGGUUGGCUUUGGAGUGCAUUCAACAUCGGGUGUUCACACACAAGUCGGACGUUUGGGCUUUUGGUGUCACCAUUUGGGAGGUUCUCACUUAUGGCGGUAGACCGUACGAGAACGUGCCUGCUCGAAACGUGCCGGAACUGUUGGAGAAAGGUGAAAGGUUACCUCAGCCAUCGAUAUGCACCAUCGAUGUCUACAUGAUCAUGAUCAAGUGUUGGAUGUUGGACGCUGAGUCUAGACCCAGUUUCAAGGAAUUGGCGGAAGAUUUUGCUAAGAUGUCCAGGGAUCCUGGCCGAUAUCUUGCUAUCAAAGGCGACAAAUACAUGAGAUUACCUUCGUAUACACUGCAGGACGAAAAGGAGAUGAUUCGAAAUCUUGCUUCAGCCAUGGACGGACCCGAGGCUCUAGUAGACGCGGAGGAAUAUCUCCAACCGAAAUCUAGAGCCCCCAUUCCACCAGGUCUUUCAGCGUCCAGUACUUCCGGUUCUCCGCCGAACACACCCGUGAAAACUUGUUGGCCAAACGGAAAACCGCUAGCUGCCGACUCUCCCACUCCCCAGAACCAACAGAAUUGGGACAGGGAGUUGUUGAGGUACGGCACCAAUCAUAGAAACGGAAAUACGUCACACGAGCCAGGAAAUUCUGGCCAACAUCCGCAUUAUGCGCCUCCGAAUGGUCACUGCGGACACGUCGUGGGGUCAGACACUUCAAGUUCGAGAUACUGUUCGGAUCCAUUGAAAAUGAUUGGUGUCAGAGACUGCGACGUGACGGAUGAUUGUUUCGACGGCGAGGUGAACUCUGCGCACCAGCAAGCUCAAGUAGGUAAUCUGAAGCUAGACUUGCCAUUAGACGAAGACGAUUAUUUGAUGCCAUCACCGCAAUUGCCAACGAACACCACGCAGUACAUGGAUCUCAUAGGAGACUCGAAACCUACGGAAAUGGAACCAAAGCGAGUCAAUAACGGUUAUCGAAAGUAUCCAGAGUUUCUGACUAUCCAAGGUAAAACGUCGCUGGAUAAUCCCGAGUACAUAAUGUCCCAGGACGAAGGACCAUUAACCCCGCAGACCAUAGGUAUUCCAACGCCUGACCUAGAGAAAGUUUUAACAAAUGGGACGUUCGGAUCUCAAGUGAGACAGAGGAGUUCCGAGGAAGAAUCUGACCACGAAUACUACAACGACUUCGAUCGCCUGGAACGGGAGUUGCAACCGUUGAAACCUCUUAGGAAAAAUGAAACGACCGUUUGAUUUCGAGAUUCCUGAAAGAGACAUUAAAUAAGAACAGUUUCGUUGCUCCGUGUUAGAAUCAGAAAGCCAGAGAGAUAUCGUUCUAGAUAAUUGAGAUUCGAUCUCAAGUAUAAUAGACAAAUAAAGAGAUGAAGAAGAAGAAGAAUUGGCAUGAACACGGACAAAUUCAGCUUCUCAUUCCUUCAGUGUACUUAGAAAAGGACACUUCGGUGAAAAGUGCCGCGUUUGAUUGUGAUUAGACGUAAGACGCGUGAACUGUGCUAAUUUUCCUAGCGAGUUUGACUGUCGCGAAGGAAAGUGUGUCUCACACAUCAUAAAUUGUUGAUGCGCGUGCGUACAAUGAACAAGUAGUGCAAAGAUAAUCUUAAUGUGCCAUUCACCGUGGCUUGUAAAUAAAAGGUAUUACCUACCACUCCGUUAGGUCUACUAAAAAGAAAGUUUAACGAACGACGUGCAGUUAAUGGCAUAGACAAUUGUUUCUCUUCUACUUACAUCUGUGACACGUUGAAUGUCGUGAAAAGGGCACCACUGACCGGCACCACAAAUUUAAUAUAUUAAAAAGGUUGAAUAUUAUAUUAAUUGCGUAAGGUAGCAGAUGCAAAGUUUCAAUUGGAAAAUGAAAUUAUAACAUGCCGUACUAUACGCGUCUUUACUUUGGCAUUUAACGUGUUUAAUCUUCAAUUUACAGAGCAAUCUUUAACGGUCCAUGGUGUUCCUCUAAUUUUUCCAUUUUUCUUAUUUAACAGAUACCCAGGUAUGAACUAGAAUCAUUCCAAAAACACGAACGUGGACCAGCUUCGUUCUUCGAAAGAACGAAAUUAAGAACGCUAAUUUUUAUCUUCUUUAUUUUCCAACUUAAAAUCGUCACCUUUGUAACGUUACUUCGCUCAGGUCGCGGAAAUCUCUAUUUCACGCGAUCGAAUACGAAUCAUGAGAUGUCAACAAUUUGUACACGGGGCUAUUCGAGAAAAUGAUAAAAGAUCUGAUUGAAAUUUAGGCUGCCUCGGGUACGAAACAUCUGUGCGGUUCGCCCUUGACUGUGAUAAGAAACGUUCUACUAUUUCACGAGGACGUUCUAACCAUCGAAUGACGGAUGUUAAUUACGAUUCUUUGACUAAAUUCUUUUACCAAAUGAUUUUCGUAUAUUAAAAAAAUAAUAUCUGAAAGAAUAUUUUAAAAAACGAAAACGAAAAAGGUCGAUAAUUAUCACUAUCUCCGCCCUCCGAGGGUUAAUCACCUCGAUCCUUUCUCGAUUUCUCUUUUGUAUCGCAGUAAGCUACGACAGUACAGUACAACGAAUGGUCCUAAUUUACUGCCGAAAGGUAUACAAGAAAGUUUCCGAGUCGAAACAGAAGGAACAACCAUGAUCCAGGGACACGUUAAAAGCGAAGCAACAGAACAACCAAAAGGAACACGCACGCUUCCGGUUACCCAGGACUCGUUGUCUUGCGACUCUACUUAAACGUUACAAUUCUUCUUAUAUAUUUUCUUCUAUUUUUUAUAUACAUAUAUAUAUAUAUAUACAUGCCAUCGCAUUUCGUUACAUGGGACCAAUGAAAUUGGCCUCGGCCGAAGCGCACGGAAGUAUCUCGAUUUUUUAAAUGUAGAAACGCGUCUGUACAUAGAUUAGUGUUUAGCGCGUAAGGGACAUUCUACGAACGUAGAGAACGGAAAGUACUUGAAAGUAAAUUAAGUAAAAUCGGCUUUUAAAAUGGGAAAUAAAAGCGGCGGAUACAGAACAAAAUGGGCGCAGCGAAAUUGGUACCACGAAUUACACGCACCGAUUACGCUGUGCCUCGCGUAAUCAUAGGAUUAGGACGUGCCAUGUUUGUGUGUACAGGAAAAACGCGCGAAACAACGAACACAUUUUCGCACGGAAACGUAUCCUGUUCGUGUUCACUGGAAAUGAAGAAAAAAAUAAAUAAAUAUAAAAAUACGAAUCCUCCCAGGCAUUGAAUGAAAAUGGAUGUGCAUAAGCGUGUGCGAGAUCGACGAUCUCAUGGCGGGAAAUUUUGUAGUCGAUUUAAAUGGAAUUUUAAUGUAUUUAGUAUGCACUUCUGUGAUAAAAUGGGAACAAGUUUUUUAAAAAGAAUUGUAACGUGUAUAUUUGAUCGCUGCUUGUAAAGAUAAUCGUAUGAAUAUCAAAUCCCGUCGCACGCAGAAUGCAUCAUCUUAUUUUUUUUAUAAUAUUAAACAAAUACGUAUCGUGUACAUUACGUUAAGCGUUAUAAAAUUAAUUACGUUGAUCGAUUUAUUUUCUGUAAUAUAUCAUUGAUUGUAUUGCCGAAUCAUGUGAGAUACGUGUUUUACGUCCAUUUCGACACUAUGGACGAACGAAAAAUAAGAAAAAAGAAUGUGUCUUUCCAUUUUCCUAUUUCCCUUGUUCCCGUUUCUGUUUUGUUUUUUGUUUUUUCUUUCGUUUUUUUUUUUAAUAAUCAUGUGUAAAUCUAACAGAGAGAAACUGCGAAGUGUGAAUUGAAAAUUGUACAAUACGUUCGAUCGCCAGGAUAAAAUAGUUGCGAGGAAUUGCAUUUGCCAUUCGGUUGUGGACAUAGAACUUAUAAAACUUUAUAAUAUCAUUAUAUAUCGUAAAAAGAAUUAUUGUAAUAAAGAACCAUCUUCAUUCUUA